UGCACACGUGGUCAGGAUUCGUCUCCAGUAUAGUCGCUCGACUGAAUGUCUGGAGUUGAAGGUCCACUGCGGUGGCACCGGAUCUCAACCUGCUGUGGGGGAGCGAAGCAGUCUCCCGUACCUCUGAGUACCCGAGGCGCAGCGUGUGGUCAGCCCUACACUCUCACAUACAGUCAGUCUCAGGCUGCAAGUGUAUCGUCAGUCACAUAUAACAAUGGACAAACAGCUACAAUGACCUUCCCGAAAAGGAGACUCUCUCUCAGUGACGUACCCCGUCGUCAGGGCUGCACGUUCCUCCUGGGGGAGAUACACUACCAUGCUGGCAUCACAGGGGACACAGGCUCCGAACACUGGCUGGAACACACAGGAUACGGGGCCGAGGUCCAUCUGGUGCACUACAACAGGAAGUAUAGCGGUAUAGUGGAGGCGACGUCAAAACCGGAUGGACUUGCCGUUAUUGCUAUCCUUAUACAGAAAGCAAGAACAUCACCAAACAGCGAGUUAAGAAGAUAUGUCUGCUUGGUGUCGAGGUUAAAGGCAAACGGUCGCUUCCAUUGUACUACACAAACUACUUGA